AUGAAUCAUAAUAAUGUAUCAAAUCCGCAACAACCAAUUUUUCCAUCCUUUGCAAUAGUAAAUCCUUCUGUUAAUGAAACAACUGAUCAAUUCAGUAGCUCAAAUCCUUUACCUACUGAACGAUCAAAUCCUAAAAUUCAAAUACAUGAAGUAACUCCAGGAAAUGCAAAUUUUGGUAAAGAAAAAUGCUUAAAGAAACCUCAACAGGAUUUUCAGAAUUUGCAACCAGGCUUAUUUUAUCCCUAUAAUGGUUAUAAUGAUAUGCAAAUACCUGAUGAUAGAGGAUAUUAUUCUGAUCCACAGCCAUCAUUUAACGUAACAAGUUCAGAUAUUGAUGGUUAUCGAUCAGACUCGCAAUUGCUUAACUCACCUUUGGAAUUAGAAGUAGUUUUAUCUCAAUUGCUUCAACUGCCUCAACUGCACAUGCCAAUAACUUCCCCAUUGUCAAGAAGUUAUGAUAGUGAAUACAUCUCGGAUUCUCAAAUGACAGAUGGUUAUUCUUCUGACUCGCAAAUAUUUUCAUUAAGUACUUCUCCUCAACCACAAUAUUACACUUCUAAUGACUCAUUCGGUAAUACCACAAAUUUCGCACAUGGCUCUCAGCCGUUACUCGUUCCACGAAAGAAUAAAAAGAAUGUCACAGACGCAUGUUUAAAUUGUAAAACCUCCCACUCACGAUGUGAGACCAAACGCCCUUGUGGAAGGUGCAGUGAUAAAGGUAUUCCGUGUGACCCUACUCAAAAUAAAAAACGAGGCAGAAAACCACGUUCUGCAACUUCUACACCUGAGCCAACAUCACCUAUUUCGCCUCUUUCACCAUCCCCUCAAAGUACUAUGCAACAACGCCCCUUUUAA